GCCUCGCCUCCCGCGGGCGGAGAGCCGCGCCGAGCGCCCCCGGGAGCGCGGACCCGCCGCUGCGGCCGGCGGACCCCGAGGCCAGAGCCCGCGCCCCGGCCCCGCGCCCGCGCCCGCGCCAUGCCGCGCGGGAGGUGGCGCGCCCCCGGCCCGCGUCCCCGCCAUGGAGGUGCUGCGGCGCUCCUCCGUCUUCGCCGCCGAGAUCAUGGACGCCUUUGACCGCUCGCCCACCGACAAGGAGCUGGUGGCCCAGGCCAAGGCGCUCGGCCGCGAGUUCGUGCACGCGCGGCUGCUGCGCGCCGGCCUCGCCUGGAACGCGCCCGACCGGGCCGCCGCCGCGCCCGGAGGCCGCCUGGCCGAGGUGUGCGCGGUCCUGCUGCGCCUGGGGGACGAGCUGGAGCUGAUCCGGCCCAGCGUCUACCGCAACGUGGCCCGUCAGCUGAACAUCUCCCUGCAGUCCGAGACCGUGGUGACCGACGCCUUCCUGGCUGUGGCAGCUCAAAUCUUCUCUGCAGGCAUCACGUGGGGCAAGGUGGCGUCCCUGUACUCGGUGGCAGCGGGGCUGGCCGUGGACUGUGUGCGGCAGGCCCAGCCCGCCAUGGUCCACGCUCUUGUCGACUGCCUCGGGGAGUUUGUGCGCAAGACCCUGGCGCCCUGGCUGCGAAGGCGCGGCGGAUGGACCGAUGUCCUCAAGUGUGUGGUCAGCACGGAGCCCGGCUUCCGCUCACACUGGCUCGUGGCCGCGCUCUGCAGCUUCGGCCGCUUCCUGAAGGCCGCCUUCUUUGUGCUGUUGCCAGAGAGAUGAGCUGCAGGCUCGGGCACAGGCCGAAGCCAGGCCCUCCGACCCAGGAGGCCCCCGGGCCCCGGGAGCGUCACCGUCUUCCUCAACCAGGCUGGGAACGGUCCGAUCCUCAGAGCCCCGCCUUGGUGCGGGAGGCCUUGCCCUGAGCCCCGUCCAUUACCCUGGCCCCUAGAAGGGGAGGCGGGGGCGUCCCUGGCCUGGAGCUGGGCUUCUGCGCCUUCCCCUGGGACCCCUGCUUGUCCGCUUCCAUCUGGAGCCACAAAGUCAGGGUCACCUCCCAGGUCCAAAGGGAAGGGAGCUGGGAGCGCCAGGCUCUCCCUCGAUGGGUGGGUCCCGUCUGUGAAGGUCGGCCGUGCCAGGACACGAGCGGGGCAGUGGGCCCUGUACACGCAGUCACGGGAAACCCGGGCCUGGCCCAGGCCGGACGAGCCAUGGGGUCUGACUGACCUCGUGAACGGGGCAGAAGGCUCAUGGGCUGGUUGCUUAAUCCGUUUCUGGAGGGAGCGCGUGUCUCCCUCCCCUGGCAGGGUCCCCGUGUGGUGGGGACCAGGGGUGUGGGCUCCAAGCCGGCAGGCCUGACCUGAAAGCCCAGGAGCCCAUGGGGAAGAAGGCUGUGUGUGUGUCCAAUCCCAAUAAAGUUUCAUGGCAACGGA